GUCUGCGCAGACCUCCUCUGCGCAUCGUGCAUGUGCUACAGGAAAAUUUCUCUCAUCUGAAGUGAAUCACCAAAAAUAUUAUACUUUUAAACAUAUUUAUAUUCAGAUGUGUACAUAAACUCACUAUUUAAAUACCCAUCAUCAUCAUUUUUGAGAUUUUGUCCAACUCUAGAGUCAAAGUCAUGGUCAUGGAAACUCCUAGUCCACAAUGUGUUGGCCGUGAGUUCGUGAGGCAGUACUACACCCUGCUUCAUGAGGCUCCGGUCCAUCUUCACAGAUUUUACAGUCACAACUCCUGUUUUGUUCAUGGUGGUGUUGAGAAGCCAGGGGAAGAGCAACCUCCUGUGAUGGGACAGGCUGAUAUUCACAAGAAGAUCAUGUCUCUCAACUUCCGAGACUGCCAUGCAAAAAUCCGUCAAGUGGACAGUCAAGCUACAGUUGGAAAUGCGGUUGUUGUGCAGGUUACUGGAGAAUUGUCUAAUAAUGGUGAGCCCAUGAGAAGAUUCAUGCAAACAUUUGUGCUUGCUCCUCAAUCCCCGAAGAAGUACUAUGUGCACAAUGACAUCUUCCGUUACCAGGAUGAAGUGUUCCAUGAUAACGACAGUGAUGAUGCUGAGGUGGCAGAGGAGGCUGGGGGUAUGCAGCUUCUUGAACUAGGAGAUAACAGCUUCUGUAACUCUGAACAAGAUGUUGUUGAAAAUGGUCAGCAAGUGGAUUCAGGGACUCAAGAGUCUUCUACAUCUUUCUAUGAUCAACCUCCACCUCUCAGUAAUGGGUCGUCACAUGUUGAGGAUGUCGAUGAGGCUGUUGGUGUACCAGAAGAGGGGAAAGAUGUUGAAGAGAAACUUGAGCUGGAAGAUGAAAAGUUUGAUGAGAAGGUAGAUUUGAAGACUUCUCCUGGACCUACAUCUGCAGCAAUUGCCCAAUCACCUGCAACUACAACACCUGUGACUGCCAGCACGAUCACAGAAACACCACACGAAGAUGAGGAGGAACCACAAGUUGAAGCGAAACCAUUUUCAUGGGCUGCAAUGGCCAGUAAAAAUACAAUGUCAGGAUCUGCCCCACCUCCAGUGUCGAGCCCUACUGUCAAGUCUCAACAGACAAGACCAGAGCCCAAACCUGACCCAAGCCUGGCUGCUGCUGCUCCACAGCCUCAGAGAGCUCCAAGGACUUUCAAUGAUGAAGGGCCUGAUUCUUUUAGACAAGCCCGGGAACAACGUGGAAAUGAACAGCGAGGAGAGAGGACAAGCAUGAGUCGAGACGACGGGGACAAUGACAGCAUCAGUGGAAGAAGGGGCUCUCGAUUUCCAGAUAGUCACCAGCUCUUUGUUGGAAACCUACCACACAACAUUUCAGAAAAAGAACUGAAAAGUUUUUUUGAACAGUAUGGAAAAGUAAUGGAACUGAGAAUCAACACUAAGAGUGGUGGAGGAAAAUUGCCGAAUUUUGGUUUUGUGGUGUUUGACAGUCCUCAGCCUGUACAGGACAUAUUGAGAAUUAAGCAAACCCAGCCCAUUAAAUACAAUGGUGAACACAGAUUAAAUGUUGAAGAAAAGAAGCCUAGAGGAGAUGGUGGCCGAAUGGGAGGAGGAGGAGGACGUGGUGGAAGUGCCCGUGGUGGAGGAAUGGGGCGGGGGUCAAGUGGUUUUGGCGCCCCAGGGCGUGGUAACAUGAGGUCUGGAGGCGGUGGAAUGGGACGAGGAGACAAUAGAGGAGGGUUUGCAAAUACAAGGGGCGGCCUUCCAAUGGGUGGAGGACGACGCUGAUGAUGAUGGUCCAUGGUGCUUAAACUUCUGAAAGUAUGCAAUUCUGAGCUGAAGUAGACAGGCAUAUCAAAUUUGAAGCUGUCUUUAAAAUGGUCCCUUCUGGUGCAGUCAGUAAAGCUGAAUGGUUGUUUGAUUGUGCUUUGUUUUUGAACCAUUGUUAAGUUCAAAACAAAGUGCACCCUCUAUUUAAGAAUGCUUUGUGAUUAUUAUUAUUAUUUUGUCCUAAAAAAUAUCUAAGAAUGGGGCAGUGGAGUGGAAUGGACUUUCAGUGAUAUAAAGAAACCCUCCUUUCCCUUGUCAGUGCAUCAUUCCUUGAGAUGAACGAUAGAACCAAUGAAACCAAUUUUAAAAAAAAUGUACAGUAAAAGUAAUAUAAGACGUGCGCAGAACGGGUCUCAAUUGGUUUGCAUUGGUGCUUCUGAAUACUGGUGUUGCUCAGUGAUACAAGGAGUGAUGUGAGUGAAGGCAGAAUUGCAUAUUUUCUCAUCUUUAUAUGUGAACUGUGUCAUUGUUACAUGCUGCAUAAAAUACAAACAAAAAAAAGACUCCUGAUUUUGUCUGUGGCAGUUCCAUUUAGCUGUAACAACUUCAAGAUCCACUCAUGUACAUUUGUUGUAAAAAUGGAUUAAAACAUGAAAAUUAUGAAAGAUCAGUGUUAUUUUCAUACUGUUUAAAAAGAAACUGUUUUUUAAUAUAUAUAUAUUUUUUUUUCUUAUUUUUUUUCUUUUUUUCCCUUUUUUGGUCCCCAAAUGUGAAUUGACAUAGAAUGUUUGUUUGAUUGUAACACUAUGCAAAGUAUGUGCAGGUAAAUAUCAUCUCCAUGCUUUGUUUUUCUGUGCCCAGUAAUCUUCUUUCCCUGCUCGCCACUGCUGCCUCUGUUACUGUGUGCCAAGCUGUUUCAAAGGGCAGGGGAAAAGAACAUUCCUUCUUGUUGCUUGACUGAAUCCACCCCUCAUGUAUCCCUAACCCCAUCCACUCCAUAGUCGUCAGUUACUCAUGGCCAUAAAACUCCUAUUCGAAGUAUUACAUAGGACUGAAGGGACAUAGGGGAAAUAUAUUUUAAGGUUGCUGUUAUAGGAUGGUUGAACUUCAUUGAUGAAUAAGGUUUUGCAUACAGAUCCUAUGAGGAAACGUACCAUCACAGAUACUUUCUCAGUAGUCAUGCAAGACAGGUUUCAGUGAUAAGAGGAAGAUAAGUUCAUAUUGCCACGUCGAUCAUCAUCAAUCCAUUUCAUUAGAUUGAUUUGUUUGCAGUGUGUAAAUCAACUAUUUAUUACAUUUAUUGUUGGUAAAAACAUUAUGAAUUUAAUAUGUCAUAAUAUGUUCAUUUUACAUCAGUUGCUCAUGUAGAUCAGCCUGCAGAUACUUAACCAAAGAAACUUGGCCUCUGAAAUGUUUGACUGGUUGCCCUUUUGGUUUCGCUCAUCACAAUACUAAACACCUUCAGCAUUUUGAAAAGGUUAAGAACAACACUGGUAUGUAGAAUUCCAAUGAUAUUCCUUUUGAAGCUACUAGGUUGUUAGCUGUGUCACUGACCUCAAAUAAUGAUUGAUACCACUGAAAUUUUGUUGAGAUGUGAUGAAACAAGAACCUAAUCAGAUUUGUAAAUUCAGCAUCACAGAAUGCCGGUUGUCUUUCAUUCGUCAGAUACAAGUCUGGUAUUUGCUAUUUCCAUGAUGGCAUCUUGUAAAAUAUCACAUAUUCACUUGCAGUGGCAUUUUGAGAGGAUGACAGCCAGUAUGUCAUCAAUGACCUGUCAUGACUGCCCAGUUCACUUUUCUGUGUUCCUGUGGGCAUCCGUUGAGAGACCAAUCUUGUAUGUAUUGUAUAUUCCAACUGAGGUGGUUUCCAGUUCCCAACAAUUCUUGAUGUAAUCGGAUACAAAUCAACUGUCCAGCUGCACGUUUUCAAUAAAAUUCCUAGGAUUUUU